AAGCCCAGCAUGUUGGAGUGCAUGGAGGACAAAAGGGACAGGGAUAAGAGAAAACAAUCGGAUUCGUUGGAUCAAGGAUCUCUAGUUGACAUAGGUAAUUUCACGUUUCUCUUCAAGGACUUGCAACUAUAGUGUGCGCUCUGUACCCGUGGAUCUUGAACUAUUUAGAAUUAUCUGACAUCUUAUUUCAAGUUUUACUUUUUUGUUAUUUUUGUUCAUUAUAUGAUACUUUGAAACAAUGACUGUGCUGUACUUUAAUUUUUUAUUUUCUAAUUUUGUUUGAUCAAAUCACUUUCAAUUUCAAGAUGAAAGAGUGGCUGCCAUAAAAUUUAAUUGCUUUUUUUAUUAAAUUAAUUAUUUUAAGUUCAAUCGUUAACUUUUGCCAAAUUAAAUCAUUUUUUCAAUAGUUUUAUCAAUUUCAUGGGGAUAAAAUCAUGAGGAUAGAAGGACCUCUCCGACUGCGAGGGCGCAUACAAUCGAUCAACAAAAAUAAUUUGCAAUGUGCUGGGGGCAUUUCUGCGUCAUUGAUGCGUACUUCUUUCGCAAAAGUAUACCUCGAGCGAAUGGCGAUUUGCCUUGACCUAGUCUCUACAUUGACCACACCGUAUUCUUGUCUGGAAGCUAAGAUCGAGAUGAGAAUUAAUCAGCCUCGGUACAUGGUUUCACAAAGCUGUUUGCACCGUUUUCAUAACUUUCGACAAGGAGGGAGGGUCAAACUUCUGUGGUAAAUCAUUGUCAUUCAGUGGUUGUAGUGUUAGAAAUGGGCUACCAUUAGAGAUCCAUUUGAAUUUGUCUGCGUAUUCUUAAACAGGGCACAAAGACAGAGAAGUGUUUGCUUUGUCUAUUUUUGAAUCGAAUAAUUGUUUAAAAAUAAAAUUGAAAACGUAAUCAUUGGAGCUGUUACACACCAGCCAUUUUCGAUUUUCAACUCAAAAAACAUUUUCAAAAGGGCACAGUAUUAUUGGCAACAUUCUACUUCAACCUCACCUCAAUUGUACUUUAUCACACUCUUUUCUUAUCUCUACAUUUUUUACUCCUUAAACACAAAUGUAUUAACAUCACAAUUCAACUCGAAACAAAAAACUCAACGACAUUGCGCAUAUUUCCUUUUCAAUUCUUACUUCUCAUAAAUACAUGGCAUUCAAUAUAAUUUCAACACUUCAUUCUUUUUUUUAAAUUCUUGCAUCGCAUUAAAAGCAUCUCGGUUUAAAUGUCUUUUGAAAGGAAUAUAAUUUGCCAUUCAACGAGUUUAUUGGUAAGCAAGAAUGCCACGGGCACAAGGGUACAAUGCCGAAACGCUAUAUUGAUUCUUUGAUAAGGCCACGGUAUAUUUGGGUCGAUGGUUAUGAAUGCAAAUCAGACACAGAUAAUGCCGGAUGGCAAUUCCAUUCGGACCUUCGCGAACGCGCAAGCAAAUUAGUUGCUCAAUUCGAUUCGUUAUUCCUCCUGCGUUCACCAUUCUCAAUAACAUUAACAAUUGAAAUUCUGCAAUAUUGUGAAUCGACAAUUUUUAUGACGAUUGUUGCUUGAAAAUUUAAUCAGUGGACAGAACACAGUGAUUAUUUACAUGUUUAAGAGAAAAUCGUGCUUUCAGCGUAGAAAAUACAAAGAAAAGAAAAAUGUUAGUGUUUUCAAUGCUUUGCUUGUCUUACUUUGUUGCUAUGCUUUUAUUAUUGCAAUAGUUUCAAGCGUGAUUCAAGGAGCAGAAAUUAGAAUAUUUGUAGCUCACACUUACAAAAGCUUUAUAUCUUAUGCUUCGUUUUGUUUCAUUUUUCUAUUCAUUAGCAAGACUGAACUGUAUAAAGCUUUAUACAUGGAGCUGAUUAAUAUAAAGUAUGCUACGUUCAUUGAAUAAGAUAAAUGCAAAUACAGCAUAGGGAAACAUUUUAUAUAAAAGUGACACAUAAUUGUUAUUGCGAUUAGAAAAGAUAUACUUGACUCAAUUUAAUUAUUGAAUUUGUAUAACCAUUCCUCAUUCUUAUGCAAGUACAUUUUUAUACAAAAUUUUCUAUUUUUAAUAUUGGUCCUUAAUGAUCUUGUAAUUACUUCAUUGUAAAAUCGUGUAAUUUAUUCAGAACGAAGAGAAAAAUGUUGGUGAAUCUAUAAUCGUUCAAUAAUUUCUUCCAAGUAUUCAAGUAUUUCAUUUUCUAAUGAUCCAUAUGAAUUAAGCAGAAUAUUUCUAGACAUAUUGCAACACCAUCUUCAUUUCUAUGCAACAACAGUCCAUUAGCGGGCACCUUUGAUCUCAAACACAAGUUUCAUUAACCUUAUUCUUAUCAACUGAUUCAACAAGCAGUUUACUACAAAAUUACACAUUCUACAGGCAAUUCAAGACAAAAUUCUGAACUAUGAUUAACAAUUACUAACAUAUCUUGAAUCCUGAAACAAUGAACAAGUUCUCAAAUUCCAAAUACACUUCAUUGCUAGACAAAGCCAAUCAUCUUUAAGUAACAUUUAUUCAAACAAACAAGCAGAAAUGUUUCAAUCAAGUAUUUUUAACAGCCAUAAAAACAUUGUUACCUACUAAGAGUACAUUAAUUUUCACUAAUUCUGUCUGAAUAAAAUAUUUUUUAUUGAACUAAUGUUACUUCCGUCACCUUUUUCUUAUCAACACUAAUUGCUGAAUUUUAUUCUAUAUUAAGCUUUUACUAAUUCUGCCUCGUUAAGAAUUAUUUGCAUUCAAAUCAAUGUAUCGCUAUUAAUUACUGAUUUUUUUUCUCACAAAACUUCUUUCAAACAGGUUCAUAUUUAAUAAACGUGUACGGCUAUUGUACAGUGGAGUUUCUCCGACCACCCUGAGGCCACUCACUUCGCAAGUAGAAUUUCAAUCUGAAGAAUUUACUUGUACUGGUCAGUCGUUGUCUUUGAGUCGCUUGCUACGCGUCGUACACGCUUCGAACGCGCCGAUUCUUUUCUUGACGCGUGCUUCUACCAGUGAUUUCAAUGCUUGGAUACGCGUGUCACUCGCCUAGAGCCGAUUAGUUUUGUUUUUUCUUGAAAGUGAUUCGAAUCAUUGACAUGGACGAAGUGAUUGGAAAAAUUGUAUUAGGUCGAAAUACAGUCGAUUUCGAAAGAUUUGCUAAAGUGUAUCGACGGUUUUUCUUUCUGUUCGAUUUUGUGUUACGGUGAAAGUUUCUUUUCUUUGAUCUCCGAUGUGAACGAUCGAGAAGUGACGGUGGUAUCGAUUUGGUAAUUUUUUGUUUUGAAUCUGAUUUUAGGAAAUCUUUUACUAAAUAAUUACUAAAUACUGUACUCUAGGGGUUGAUAAUUUAAAAAAAAAUAUUUCUAUUAAAAUUCUGAAGCUCUGAUUUGUCUAUACAAAGUUUCUACAAAAUUUUUUAUGCUUAUUGUUCCAUUAAUUGCAAGUACAUUUUAAUGAAUAAUUAAUAUAGAUUCUGAGUAAAGUGAGAGCACGAUCAACAAAAUUUCAAUGUGCAUCUACGAUAUUGUGAAGUUACCGAGUUAUAAAUUCAUAUGGCAUCUCCUUCGAAUGAAUAUUUCUUCGCAAAUGACAAUGAAGAAACUCUGGAUGACUUAUUAUUUAACAUCGGUAUGUAAACAUCACAUUAAACCAUUAAAAUAAACUUUUUAUCAAUUUCUUCCCUUUUUGGUUAUUAAUUAAAAAAAAUACUCUAUAUAUAAUUUCGAAAUUUUUAUCUAAAUUUUCAGAAUUUAUCUUUCUUUCAAUUUCUUCCUUUUUUGUUCAUUGAUCAGAAAAUGCUCUACGUAUGAUUUCGAAUAUUUUAUCUAAAUUUUCAGAAUUGAUGUUUAAAACUGUGGUAGUUUCAUAAGAUCCACAAUUAUUUUAUCUUCUUGAUUUCUCUUUUCUACUUCCAAAUUAAAAAAAAAACACAUGCUCAUUCGAAUAAUGAAGGUGUUUGCUUUUACUAAACAUCGUGGAUCGCUACGUUGAAGCAUGAAAAAAUGCAAUAAUAAGUUAAUUACCAGGGACACGAAGAGGGCAGAACUGGAAAUUGACACUGAAACGAUCGGUCGUAAAUGCCGGUUGCAGAAUCAAGCACACUUCUCCAGAGACACUAUACUGUAUACAUACACAUUUUGGUCAAAAUAGUCUUAUUUUUUCCCAACAGAGUUGCUCGCUAUGUCCAAUUGAGGUGCCCUACUUUCGAUCAAUUAUCUUUUAAAACUCUGAUCCAUUCGAAUCACACGGUAAAUGCUGAAUAAUCUUACCGUAAAAGGUGAAGAUAAGUUUUUACAGUCGACCUCGCUCACCCACCCUUGUACAGCUUAAUCAUUUUUAUGAUAUCACUUGAUCCAUUCCAUCCACACCAAUUAACCAAUUAAAGGCAUCGGUAAACAAACAAUUGAUUCAUCUCGUAAAAAUUCUAUACAAUUAAUGGUUAUGCAGGGACACAUCUGAUAAAUUGUUUCAACGAGUUCGUUCAAAAAUAGAAAUUGAAAAUAACCAUUAUUUCGUAACCUAGUUUUAAUUAAACCAAUAACACACAAUUUUCUCAUAGUAAUUCGUACGUAAUCUGAUUGUUAACAAGGCUUAUUGCAAUUCAAGAUGUUAAUUACUUGAUUAAUCAUUGAAUUGAUUGAUAAAAAGCUUCGUCAAUGAAAACAACAUACGAGGAGUGCAUAGUUUUAAAAAUAUCUAUGUGCAAAUCAUUGUAACAUUAAAUUUUCAUGAUGUUUCAAUUUGUAUUGUAUACUGAAAAUUAUUGCAAAACUUUCUUUUUCUCUUCAAGAAAAAUCGGAAUACGACAUUUUGGAAAAGCCACCGUUUAAAGACGUCUCAAAUGGAGAUGAAGAUGCGGAUUAUUCUAUGGUGGUAAGUAGAACUGUUUGUCUUAUUUUUUAUAAUUUUUAAUUUUUUCUUAAAUUUUCAUUUUAAUACUCAAUAAAUAAGUAAUAUUGUAUAGAAUGCAAUACUUUAACGAUAAAUAACGUUAAAAUAUUUUUGUUGUAUCGAUAUCUCAUUGCUCCAAUCAGAGAUAACAUCGAACAAAAUGUUCCACUUCUUAUUUUUAAUGAUCAACAAGUGGCAAUUGAAUCUACGCAUUUGUUACUACAUACCUACUGCUUUUUAUAAGAUUAUGAUAUUGUGUCAUAGUCAUAUGAUUUCUGUAUAAAAUAAUAUGUGUAAUUGUAACUAUCUACUAACAAUAAGCCAUGUCUUCCUAAACUUUCUUUCAUUUCCUUUUAUUUUACAAUCUUUUCUGUAUCGUCUUUUAUAUUAUUGAAAUCUACUCUCUAUUCUUUUGCUUUAACUAAUUUUCAAAACCAUGGCCGUUAACUAUUUCUAUCUAAACUGCAGCCAUUGUCACCCCACAUUUCUUGUAUUCUUUUUUUUAAUGCAAUCGAAAUGUUUUCAGAUAUAUUUUCAAUAUAUAAAAGCUCUUCAUUUAAAAUGGUUAAUGUUUAAUUUUUAUCAAUUUUAUAUUGUAUACAUUUCACACGUAUAUAUCAGAAAGGGUUGUAAAAAUUUCUAUCAAAUUCAAAGUCCCUUUAUCGAUUACCAAGGAUAAGAGAAGGAGAAAAUACAUGGGAUAUCGUGUAGCAGCAGGUGAAAAAGACAAUUGAUAAAAAAUUGAAACACAAACUCUCCCUUAUCAGACUUUCCUUUCUCACGAAGCUUCAACCAGCAAUUAACCCUUUCCUGCAAUAACGUGAUCGGCUUUUGUUCGAAACACCUGUUUAAUUCGCAGAAUGUCGAGUGUUCUCGUGAAAAUUACAUCAGACAUUCUCAUGGAACUUUCAAAGGGUGAAACAAGACAUCGCCGCGUACAAUACAACAAAGUAGCAGCCUAGUAAAUAUUUCAUUAACACAUUAAGCUUCGAUUGGCAAGCAUUGAAAGCAUCGCGUAAAUUAUUAAUGCGCCUAGCCCUUUCCUCUCUCGCAAUGCACAGUCGUUGGUUCGAGCUUCUCGUGCUGCUACGUCGAAAGCUCCUCCAUAGGCAGGGUAUAAGCUGUCUAUAGAUGAGCUAUAGACAAUCAACAGCAGCCAGGAAAGCCGAACAAGCUGACAAUUGGAACUGACAUCUUGCACAAUCUCGACGUGAAACGAAAGGGGUCUCAGGAUGAGAGAUCCUUUGCUCUGCUUUCGAAAGAACCUUGGAAUCACACAGGUAUUUACGUGGUAUUUUUUUCGAAAUAACCAGCACGUGUUUCUCUUUCGCAAGAACUUGAAGGCUCGAGGAUUAGUGUUUCUUUUUGAAGAAUUUGUGAUGUAAGGUGUUGAUUGAGCGCUUUUUCUUGUAAUAGAAACAUCGAAGGUGAUAUUUUCUUUUUGAUACGGGAGAAAUUCUGUGAUGCCACGUGUUGUAGUAGACAGGAACUUUUAAAUUGCAUUUUUUCGGGGAACUUGUCUCUGUUUGGUUUAAUCGUUGUUUGUCGAGCGAGUUAAAUGCGGCACCAGUUCAGUCUGUAGAACUUUAAGGGGAUAAUUUGUCCGUCUGGAAACUUUGUUGCGGUUCGGGGCAGCAGUUCUUUUGACAACAAUUAUCGAGCGUUUAGGAAAAGGGGUAAUUUUUUUAUCUUUUUGUUAGCACUCCGAUUUGGUAUGAACUGUUGUACCCUCAGUUGUGUCACGUAUACUUUCAAUUUCAUUGGGGCUUCGUUGAUUACAUGUCUUAUUAUGGAUCCUGCGAAUGUAACGUCUAAGAAGUGAUACCAUUAUAAAAAAAUUCUGAUAUACAAUCAUUUAUUUAUAAUCGAUUGUCCGUUACGUGCACUCAUUUUAUCUAUCGGCUGUUUAUACAAUACACUAUCGAUAAUUUGCACCGAAGACGCUUUAGUUCUCCGGAGAAGUUUCCUUAUCAAAGAUAGACGUGCUUCUGGCUCCCCUGAUAGUGCAAAAAAGGAUAAUCUCGAUGACGACGGGCUCAGUAUCGCGAUGAACGUUUUCUGUGAACGUGUUUCUCAAUCUGAUUUUCUCUAACAGUACCGUCAUCCUUCAAAAUCAUUAAUAUCGUUUCUUUUCAACGGUGAAAGUGAAUAUUGUAAACGAACGAGGACACUUGGCCAAUCGAACUAGAUCUUUGACCAUUGAAGUAUUCCAAAUUAGACUCGAUGUAAUUGGUUGAUUUUCUAUUGAAUUAUGGGUUGUUCAUCGUUGCGUGUUGAUCAGUGAUUCGUUUAAUUAACGUUUUCACGGACGAAAAUGAACGAGACCAGGCGAUCGACACAGAUGGCAAUCUACGUUUGUCGAUCGGUCAACGACACGGAGAUCCAUAGAGAGCCGUCUAGAUCUUGGUACAGAUGGAUCUUUGAUGCACUAUGUGGCAGGGUGGAGAAAAAAUGGGAUGCGAACAAAAGCAGAAUAUUGUGCGUGAACGAAAUGCCUCCAUCUCUUGUGCCACCACCAGAUGCAACUAAGAAAGGGCCGCAAGAUAUUGAAACAUAUCCUUUAACGAACAGUGUUCCUAAUAUCAUAAAGAUAUUACUGGUCUUCCCCAAAGAUGAUCAGCAGAUGGACAUUCUUGCCACCACUUCGAGAAGGUUGGGAUGGAGCGUGUCGGUGGCGAAAGAUGCGGAAAAAGCGGUCGAAUAUUUCCAAGAUCGAAAUCACGAGCUAGUGAUCAUCGAUCACCGGGGGCAGCGUGCCGCGGAGGCCAAUGCAGUUUGUAGGGCGAUUAGGUCUAGUCCAGUUUAUCGUAAUACCGUUAUCAUAGCUCUUGUAAAAAAAUCGUUUCUUAUGCAUGCUGAGAAAGAUAAAAUCGUGUCAUUGGAUUUGUUAGAAACAGGGUUCACCAGAGCUUUAAUGGAGUGCUCUCAUGAGGGUAUAUUAAUUAACGAAUUAGUAGGAAUCUAUACAAAUGGAUUACUACCAAGAACACAACUCGCUGCUGCUGAUGCUUUGUAUUUGGCUCUUGACAGAUGCCACGAUAUGGUACAAGUGACAAACGAUAAACACAUUGUACAGUUUGUUAAUAAAAUUAGCGAGAAGUUGCUAGGCUAUAAGGUCAGCGAAAUGUUAGGAAAAAGCAUCACUGAGAUAGUGUUCUACGAGAAUUUCGUUCUAAUGGAGCAACAAAUUAAUAAAGGCCAUGAAUUCGAGGGGAAUAUGAACUGCAAGAGAAAAAAUAAUCAAAUGAUCACUAUCAACUGCCGAGUAAUACCUUUUAGUAUUACUUUGAAAAAACCAACUCAUUACAUAUAUGUGUACGAUACUAUGUACCUGUCAGAAAAUAUAGAUCCAUUGAGUCCAGCUAUUAAUCAAGUUCAACAACCUAGUUUCCCAAAACCGGCUGGUGUUGUGGUACAAAGGCGAACUUCUGAUAUGAAAUCAGGCAACAGCGAGGGCCGCAGGCGGUCCAGUUUGCGCAAACUUCAUAGUUUACAAUUAGAAGCACCGAUUACAAAAGUGAUUAUGCUUCUUUCAAAUGCGAUUACGGAUUCAACAUCCCCCGACAUAGCAGCACAGAUCGACAAGGCAAUAGAAAUUCUCAAAACCACCGAACUAUACGUGCCAUAUUUGAAAGAGGACAGAACCUACACUGACCCCGUAGCAACUGACCUCGUUGGGGCCUUGCUAUCCUCACCGCGAAAACCAUGGGAAUCCAGAAGAUCGUCGAUAGAAUCAGCACGAUUAUCUACGUUCAGGAACGUUAUUCAGACCCCGAAUUCCUCUCGUAUGCAGAUCAAAGGUUUCAGGGGGCCUCAGGCGAUCGCAGAAAUAUUAGACAAAUGUUUGGAGUGGAGUUUCGAUAUUUUCAGACUAGAAGUUCUGACGGAGAAAAGGCCACUUCUCUUCUUAGGAAUGACAGUGAUGAAUUUGUAUCGUGUACCAGCUAGACUAGGCUGCGACGAGAAGAUCGUACAAAAUUGGCUAACAUUAAUAGAGAUGAAUUAUCAAGCUACUAAUUGCUAUCACAAUUCUACCCAUGCUGCGGACGUGUUGCAAGCUACUGCCAGGUUUAUGCAAUCCGAAAGACUCAAGCAGAUUUUGGAACCUUUGGACGAAGUUGCGGUUCUGAUUGCUGCUACUGCUCAUGACAUCGAUCAUCCGGGUAGAUCCAGCCAAUUUCUUUGCAACGCUGAUAGCAAACUAGCGGUCCUCUAUAAUGAUCUAUCGGUACUUGAAUCACACCACGCAGCCCUGACGUUUAAGUUAACUUUAGAAGACGAUAAUGUCAAUAUUUUCAAAAACUUGGAAAGAGACACCUACAAAAUGAUUCGACAGGUAGUGAUCGAUAUGAUCCUGGCUACUGAAAUGACAAAACAUUUCGAGCACCUGGCUAGAUUCAUGAAUCUUUGCAGUUCAAGAAUUGUGGCAGACAAUCAAACAGAUGCUUACUCGGAUAAUGUAGACAUGUCAGUGGUAUUGCAACCAGAAAAUGUAGUGUUGGUGAAAAGAAUGAUGAUCAAGUGUGCAGACGUGUCAAAUCCAACACGACCGCUAAAAUUUUGCGUAGAAUGGGCCAGACGAAUCGCCGAGGAGUAUUUUAGUCAGACUGACGAAGAAAAGAAGUUGAAACUACCAGUAUUGAUGCCAGUGUUCGACAGACAAACGUGUUCGAUACCAAAAUCACAAAUCGGUUUUGUCGAUUUCAUCAUCAAUGACAUGAUCGAAGCGUGGGAUGCAUUUAUCGAUAUGCCUGAACUGGUGGGAUACAUGAGGCAGAAUUACGAGAAAUGGAAAGAAUAUAGCGAACAAGGAAUAUCAACUCUAGAGGAUAUCGAAAAAUUACAACUUCUUCCGGAGCUUCACGUAGAUCAGCUCGCAUGACCCGUAAAGAAAACAAAUCGAAUCUUAUGACCCAUGGAGAAAAGAAUUCGGAUCCUCCCAAAUACUUUUUUCACAUCCGUCCCAACAAAGUUCACGAAACGAGCUCUGUAUAAUCUAAUUUGUAACAUAUUCGUAACACUUAAGAAAAUAGAAAUAAUACGACAUGCCA